AUCGCGCAACAUUUGUCUCCGCAUCCGCGGCGUGUCUCUCACGCGACAGAGUUAAUAUCGCGGCGGAAAAUGAUUGAUCAAUUGCGGGAGAGGAAGCGAAAAAGAAAGAAAAAGAGAAGGAAAAAAAGAGAGAGGGAAAGAGAAGGAUAGAAUCGCGGUGACUUGGUAGCAUAGACGCACGUACACCGUGAUUCAGUAACGUGUAACUAGUGGGAUUGCGAUCGGGAGGACGCCGGACUUGUGCCCAGCACGCUCCACGAGGCUGCUCCUCUUAAACGAGGACGAAACGAUCGAGCGGCACGAAGGUGAAACAAGGACGCGAUUAUCCGAUAAGAAGACGUAGCACGAGUGUGUAUACAUACCCUCCUCGGGGCACUAGAAUGGAAAAAGGAGGAAGACUAGGUGGAAGACAAGAAAAGGUCUCUCUCUUACUCUCUCCCCUUUUCUCCUUCUCUUUCUCUACUCGCGCUAGUUGGUUUGGAAGAGAGAAGGAAAGGACAAACGUCGAUACACCACGGUCCUUCCGUAUGAGCGCACGUUCAUGAAAUAGCGAGCCGAAAGGAGCAAAGAGAGAAAGAGAAGAGGAACAUUAAGCCGUGCAUACCGUGGCACGACUAACCGAGGAGGAUCAGAAGAGGUAGGAAAUACGAGAUCGGGCGAUAGGUGCAACGAGGACGAAGAAACGGUGACGAUGGCUUGGUGUGGGCGCGUGUCUGGCAGCUGCCGCUUACAGGUGGUGUGCUUGCUUGGGAACCAACCUCUACGGACCGUUCCCACGGAAGGCCUGUCCCCCACUAGGGACCCUAACAGCAGCCCCUCGCCCCACCCUGCCGAUGGGUCCUUGACUAUAUAAGCUACAGCCUCGCCCGACAGCCACCACAAUCACGGUGAUCGUUCACGAAGUUUGAACUGGAGACGCGUCGGAUAUAACUGUCGAUACGUUUCCAUCGAAUCGAGCGAACCACGAAAUAGUUCAACUGAUUAUUCUGGUUAUAUAUAUAUAUAAAUAUAUAUAUAUAUAUCUUUGUGUGAUAUUAGAGACAUUGUUUAGCGACAAGUGUGAUAUCGCGAUAAACGAAUCAGUGCAAGUUCGGUGUGUGAAGAUAUCCCUCGAUCAAAAAAAAAAAAGGAUUAAUCAUGCAGAUGCACGAGCAGAUCAUGAUGGUCGAUGGACAGGAACAACCGAUCUCCAGGACUUAUCAAUACAGAAAGGUGAUGAAACCUAUGUUGGAACGCAAACGUCGGGCAAGAAUCAAUCGAUGCUUGGAUGAGCUCAAAGAUUUGAUGGUAACAGCCCUAGCAGGCGACGGGGAGAACGUAGCGAAAUUGGAAAAGGCCGAUAUUCUGGAAUUGACCGUGCGUCAUCUUCACAAACUUCAGAGGCAACAACGGCUCUCCGCGAAUCCAGUGAUCGACGCCGAUCGAUUCAGAGCCGGUUACACUCACUGCGCCAACGAAGUUAGCCGCUGCCUAGCCGCCACUCCCGGUGUAGACGUCGCCUUGGGAACCAAAUUGAUGACCCACUUGGGUCACAAACUGAAUUCCAUGGACAAAACUGGCCCCUUAACGAUCCACGUGGCCGCUCCGCAAUCCUCACCGUCUUCGAGCAGUGAGCUCAGCUCCGACGAAUAUUCGAUGCCCCUCACUCCAGCCUCCAGCCAACCAUCUCCGGUUAGAACGGACAUCGAAGGUAUCUCGCAGAGUCACCAAGGUCUUCUCCAGGUCGCUAAACCUAACGAGCCAAUUUGGAGACCGUGGUAAACGCGAGAACCAAUCUCAACGGGCAAAGCCAUCGUAUACCUCGGUGAAACAGAGUUCUCAAAAUAACAAUCGGAUUCUCUCGACCAUGGAGAUAAGAAGACCAAUCGUGGCCAAGAUUUUAGAAAAGGAACCCAUGAUGUGGAGAACUCAUUACCGGUGUUGCAAUUUUGUCUGUGAUUUGAGCGAAUAAUUCGCGAAUAAUUCUGGAAAGGGAAGGAAAUCUUGUUUUUCUUCAAGAAAAUCGUCCUAUGGGAUGCUGAUACGACAAAAAGAAGAUUAAUUUUUUUUGAUACGCCUAUGGAAUGUGCAAAUAUCGAUUCUCGAAGAACCGUAGAAUUAAGAAGAAUGAAGAUGACGAAGAGGAAUAGACUUAAGAUUUUCUAUUUGCUCAAGACAUUUGGGAGUGAAAGAACAAGUUAAGGGGGGAUAAUAUUGAAAUAAGUUCUUCUUUCUUUCUUUUUUUUAAUUUUCUAAUGUUGUUCUACGGAUAUAUUGUAUAUUCAUUGAUUGAAUAAUGUUUUAAGAAAGUUGAAACUAAUAGGAUCUCGAUGUAAUGAUACACCCGCUUAAGCGGUCGAAGCUUUAAUUUACUUGACAGUUAGAAUUUUCUAUUGUUUAUUUCAUACUUUUAUCAAGAAUUUUUUAUUUUGUCCAUUUUAGCGCGAGACACGUCGGAUUCGAUAUUUUUCUCCCGUCGAUUGUGGUGCAAUUUCGCGCCUUUAUAUCGAUAAGAGAAAGAUUUCAUUCUCGCGCUAAAAUUGUUGUUAUUAUAUACGUAUCUCCUCGGUCAAUUGUAUUAAUUUUUAUAUUUCACGAUCAAUUGAAAAUUUGUAUUCCUAUUGAUAAUAUUAUCAACAGGAAAAAAUGGCCGAGUAGGGAAUAUUGUGAUAGAGAAACGAGUACCUGUGAUAUUUACUGUAGAUGUAGGGAAAUACUAGAUUUUUAAUAAAUAUAUUUCAUUGAUAAA